AUGCAAACCUGCUCAGCCCUGGUCUUGCUGCUCCUGGCUGCCAGCACCCUGCCUGCCAGGUGCUCGCCCGCCGAGCCCAGCUGCCUCCACUUCUCGGAGCUCCUGCCUGCAAAGCUCAAAGAGCUGAGGAUGAAGUUUGAGGAAAUUAAGGAUUAUUUUCAAUCAAAAGAUGAUGAACUUAGCAUCCAGUUGCUCAGCUCCGAACUGCUGGAUGAAUUUAAGGGGAACUUCGGCUGCCAGUCGGUGUCGGAGAUGAUGCGGUUCUACACAGAGGAGGUCCUGCCCAGUGCCAUGAGGACCAGCACGCACCACCAGCAGAGCAUGGGCGACCUGGGCAACCUGCUGCUGAGCCUGAAGGCAACGAUGAGGCGCUGUCACAGAUUCUUCACGUGCGAGAAGAGAAGCAAAACCAUAAAGCACAUUAAGGAGACGUUCGAUAAGAUGAACGAGAAUGGAAUCUACAAGGCCAUGGGAGAGUUCGACAUUUUCAUCAACUACAUCGAAGAGUACUUGCUGAUGAAGAGAAGGAAGUGA